AUGUAUCUGAGUUCAAAGUUGCUAAAUAACCAAAGGAAAAAUUUGGAUGAUAUGGAUACAGACUUUAAGGAAAUGGUCUUUGUGGUAGAAGAUAUGCUCAGUUAUGAGAAACAAAAAAUGAGUUUACCUAAUCUUCUGUCUUUCACUUGUGACAUCACGCUUUGGUUCACACAGUUGGAGGCGUACUUUGCGGCACAUGCUGUGCCUUCCCAGCAGCAGCAGCUAAAUCUCCUUUGUAGCAUUCCUGCACCACUUGCUACUUCCACCAGGGAUCUCAUCACAGAUCCUCAUCCGGAUGCGACAUACAAGGUGGUAAAAUCCGAGGUUCUCCGACGGAACACUAAAUCCACGGAGUCUAAGUUUAAGCAACUAAUGCAGGAUGAGGAGCUAGGAGACAUGAUGCCGUCUCAGUUUUUACAUCUCCACGACAACUUGCUCUUAUGGAAGCUUUUCUCCUGGCUACCUCCCAAUGUGCAAAUCAUUUUAGUCACAGCAGUUGAUACCAACACCAUGGAUCAACUAGCUACCAUGGCUGAUAAAAUUUUGGAGUUCACUAUCCAGCCAGCACCUCGCCAUGUCUGCUCUUGCUCAGAGGUUUCUUCCGCUGCAUCUUCCUCAUCACGUGAUGAGAUUGUGGAGAAACUUGACUCCUUAACAUGCCGAAUGGAUGUGCUUUGGCGAGGGCACUCCAACUCUUCUUGCCGUCGCACUUGGAGUCAGCCUCAUUCACGCUUGACUGAUUCUGUUUCCUCUUGUCCCAGUCUUUGUUGA